AUGAACUCGAACAUCCAGAACACUGCCUCAUCUUCUUCUUCCACCUUCACGGCACUCUCUACAUUCGAUGCUUCAUCCAUGGGACGUCAGAACGAACAUCAACAAGCGGGAACGCAGAUCAUGUCCCCACAGAACGUCUGGAGAUUCCUCACGGCACCCCAUGAAGAUGAAGGCUACGCAUCUGAGAGUUUGUCGCCCGCCCCGGAGGAGCACCCGGCCGGUAUAGACGGCUCUGUGCCGGAAAUGUAUCAGCGAUUCCAGUCCGGAUUCUACGGAACGGGAGUACCCUACGACCAGGACCUUCACUCGAUUGGCGUGGGGGACGUGCCUCCGCUCGAUGGCCCAUGCUACUGGAGCGAGGAGAAUUUUACGGUUCUCGUCAACCUUCUCUCCCCAAGGACCGAUAUCCUACUCCCAACACAACCUCUUGCGAUGCCAUUACUCCCGGCCACGCUCACAUCAGGCAGUGCGGCAUUUCCGCCGAGUUAUAAUUGCCCUUCUAUCUUCCCGUCCACAACUCUGAUCAGCCCAGAAGCGGAACCAUCCAGCAUUCCUCAAGAUGCAUUGGCAAUUCCCACGACCUCAGAACCCACGCAUCGACAUUCUUCCAAGAAGCGUUCUCGAUCUGAUGAGACAUGUGGGACGUUCAUUCCGCCACUACUCAAGAAGACGAGGGCGCACGAAGGAGCGGUCCCGGAUUCACAGACGAUGCAUAUUUGGAGCGCAUCCGCGCUGGUAACGCCCCCAAGUUACGUUGAACCCUCCGUCGCCGGCCCGUCCAGCUACACGUCAUGGUCACAGAGUGUCGGUACCAACGAUUACCAGAGCAGCGGUGCCCUGGAGCAGAGUUCAAGCAUCCCACCACAGGCCAACGGCGGCCAAGCCUCAGACGAACCCUUGCCAGGCAUUCCGCAAAAGACCAAACGAUUCCGUCGCACAAAUGAUCAGAUCGCGCCUACGCUUAUGCCCGGAAUCCGGAAAAUGGCAUGUGGCUUCCCAGGCUGCCAGAAGACAGUUCACCCGAAGUCCGGGGAGACCAACCGGGGACACAUCAAGGCCGAUCACUACACGGCGGCUCAAUUGAAAAGCAAAGACCAGCUAGUCUGCGGUUGGGCCGCAUGUGGCAAGCCGAUGGAAGGCCACCUGAUAAUGGCGCAUAUCGAGGAGAAUCACAUCGGGUUUGGGUACAAGUGCUUGUUCCGCGACUGUCCCAUCAAAUGGAAAGGGUGCCGCGCGAAGGACUAUUCGCAACAUAUGGACCAGAAGCACGCUGGCUGGCGAGAGUGA